AGGGUUUUACAUCUUGUCCCUCACUCCCUCCAUGUAAAUCAAUAAGAAAGAAAUUAGCUAGCUAGCUUAUAUUGUUGAGAUCGAGUUGAGACUUGACUCGAGUGUCAGGACUGAUCAGGAUCCGAUCCAUCGGUUGAUCGAGUUAUAACUGAUAUGUCAGUGUUGUUGACGACCAAGGAGACAGGGGCGGUCUUGCCCUUGGCCUCCCCUUCUGAUAUAGAUCAUGAUGAAAUCCAGCAGAGUAGUACUAGCACUGCUGGCCAUGUCGACGGAAGGGAAAACCAUCAGCCGCAGCAACAGUAUCACCGUGAUGUAGAUGAAGAUGAUGAGUAUCAGCUGCAGGGCCAGUUCCAGCACGAGUGCAACAUCUCAAGGACUAGUGUGUGGGAGAUAGAAGAGGAAGGAGAAGAAGAUGAUCUUCAUGAGGGUUCAAACUAUUCAAUUGGAGGAUCACAUACUGGUAUCCCAAUUCAGAUCAAAGAGCUUUUCGGGGAGAAGCGUUACUUUCCCAUGCCUUCCAUCAAGGAAGAACAAUAUGAUCAUAUUACUGGUCUGCCUCGUUCUUCUUCAUCGUAUAAUAACUCUAACGGCGACAUUGUUGACUGCGUUUAUGUGGCCGUCGGAAAGAGCGAGUCAAGCAUGGACGCCUUAAACUACGCCGUCAAGCAGGUGGUGCCGACACCUAACACCAUCCUCUAUCUCAUACACAUUUUCCCGGAGAUCAAAUACAUCCCAAGUCCAUUAGGAAAACUUCCAAAAAGUCAAGUGAGCCCAGAACAAGUGGAAAGCUUCAUGGCCCAAGAAUCAGGCAAGAGAAGACAGCUCCUUCAGAAGUAUAUUGAUACAUGCUCGGCUGCAAAGGUUUCGGUGGAUACUCUGUUGAUUGAAAGUGAUAUGAUCGCAAAGGCUAUUUUGGACCUUAUUCCUAUUCUCAACAUAAGAAAACUGGUGCUCGGAACUAACAAAUCUAAUUCCAGGAAAUUGAUGUCUGGGAAAGGAGCAAGCGGGAUAGCUGAUCAAGUCCUUCAAGGCGCACCCCAAGGUUGUGAGAUUAAUAUCAUUUGUCAAGGAAAUGACUCGCUUUCCUUCAAGGUGCACCCCAAGGUGAUGAUUAAUGACUCGCUUUCCCCACGUGGCAUUGCCAAUGCCAUUGAUGAUCACAUUCCGCCAGAGACUCUUUCCCCUAAAGGAGGAGCCAACUGUGAUAACCCUAACUCAGUCCUAGUCGACGCCUCUCAGAAAAAUGAACCCUUUUCAUUCCUGUGUUUUAAACCCAAGUUCUCACAUUCUUCUAAGUUAUUAUAGAAUUUAACUAUGUAUCUCCUCAAUAGCGGGGAUAGUUCAGUUGGGAGAGCGUCAGACUGAAGAUCUGAAGGUCAGGUGUUCGAUCCACCUUCACCGCAUUUGUAAAUUGUAUUUGCUUUUUCUAUUUUUCUGUAUGUAAAAAGAGUAAAACUUUUGUGACUCAAUUAUUGUGAAAAUCACCAGAUGUGCAUAACCUAUC